AUGCGCCACGUGGUCGUCCCCGAACACCUGACGACGCACGCCAAGGACAUCGUGAAUGGCAUCUCGGCUCACUCCGUGGUGCAAACGGUCUCCGGGGUGCGCUCCCACAGCCUGCGCACGGCGAUCGACCAGGCCGCCCCCCUCUUCGACACCAACUCGCUGACGCAGCUGAGGGCCAUCAACACGCGGGCUGGCCGCGCCAAACAUCGCGUUCCGGUCUUUCCUCCUGCUCCCGGUGCGGACCCACACCCACAGGCUGCGGACAAACGAGUGCUUCAACUCGACGUGCUACUACCUCGCCAUCUGCCGCAGCCUGAAGGGGGUCUCACACACGCCUUGGCCUACGGGAUGUUGGCGCUGUCGCACGCGAUGCAGAUCCUCAUGCAGUACAUGCGCGUACCGACCCUCGUACCGCUGGGCCUUUGUGAUGGUGGUGGUGAUUUUCGACAAGUUGCCAACUUCAUUGCCAAUCUCAACGAGCAUGUCUACACCGACGUUGAGUCCGAGAUGGACACGUUCGUGGCAACAGGCGAACAGGCGUUUGCACAGGCUCUGCGGUUGCUUCCUCAUAUCCGCCGCGCGUGGAAGCUUCAUCUACUUCGCAUUCCUCUGCUACAGGGUAUCAUCUUCUUCACGAAGACUCCGCCCGACACGCUGCUGCAGCUGGUGGUAUCAGUGACUAUGUUGCUGACAGUGGUCUACACGUCCGCUCCAACGCCGCUGCACGUGGCGCUUCAACGAAGCCUGAUGGUGCUCAAGACCGUCCCGCUGCCGCCGCAGGUGGUGUCUCUCUGCAUGCUGAACAACCUACCGUUGCUGAUUGUGUUCCUCACGUCCGCUCUCCCGCCGCUGCGGGAGGCGUUCCGUCCAACCCUGAAGGUGUUCAAGAUCGCUUCGCUGCUGCUACUCUCGACGCUCCACUGCAACCUGAUGGUGCUCCAGUCCGCCCCGCUGUCGCUGCAGGUGGCGCCUCUCUGCAUGCCGAACAACUUCAUCUUGCUUAAUGCGGCCCUCACGUCUGCGCUGCUGCCACUGCCAGUGGCGUUCCUACGCAACUUGAUGGUGCCCGAGGUCCCGCUGCCGCUACUGGGGGCGCCUGUCUGCAUGCUGCUCAACUUGAUGUUGCUGACCGUGUUCCUCACGCCUGCUCCACUGCCGCCGUGGGUGGCGCUCCUACGAAACGUGAUAGUGGUCAAGCCCGUCCCGCUCAAGCUCGCGAUGGAGAUGGUGACCACCCGCAUCCCGAGGCUUGGAAGCGUCUCCUGGCUGCACGCCUACCGCGCGCACCACAUCAACCUUUAG